AUGUAUGACUCUAUCAUGGACCACAUCAUCUACUGCCUGUUGGUCCUGGGAGCCACAGUGAUGAUCACCCAUGCGUGCCCCAAGUACUGUGUAUGCCAGAAUCUGUCAGAGUCUCUGGGGACACUUUGUCCCUCCAAAGGCCUUCUUUUCGUGCCUCCAGACAUUGACCGCAGCACAGUCGAGUUGCGACUGGGAGGCAACUACAUCCUCCGUAUCACGCAGCAGGAUUUUGCUAAUAUGACCGACUUAGUGGACCUGACCCUCUCCAGAAACACUAUCAGCUACAUCCAGCCCUUCUCCUUCGGUGACCUGGAAACGCUGCGCUCGCUUCACCUGGACAACAACCGAUUGAUGGAGCUUGGUCCUGAUGACUUGCGAGGCUUGAUAAACCUUCAGCACCUCAUCGUCAACAACAACCAACUGGGACGCGUCCAUGACAAGGCCUUUGAGGACCUGGCACCUGCCUUGGAGGAUCUGGACCUCUCCUACAACAACUUGAUGUCUUUGCCCUGGGAUUCAGUCCGCCAGAUGAUCAACCUGCACCAGCUCAGUCUGGACCACAAUUUAUUAGACUUUAUUCCAGAGGGUACCUUCACUGACCUGGAAAGGCUGGCGAGACUGGACCUGACUUCUAACCGAUUACAGAAAUUACCCCCAGACCCCAUCUUUGCCCGCGCCCAGGACUCAAUGAUCUUUACCACACCCUAUGCUCCCCAGCUGUCACUGAGCAUAGGUGGGAACCCACUGCACUGCAACUGUGAGAUGCUGUGGCUGCGAAGACUUGAAAGAGACGACGACCUGGAAACUUGUGCCUCCCCACCUACACUGAAGGGGCGUUACUUUUGGAAAAUAAAGGACGAGGAGUUUUUGUGUCAGCCACCUCUCAUUACCCAACACACCCACAGAAUGCUGGUCUUGGAGGGCCAGACAGCCAGUCUAAGGUGCGAAGCUACUGGAGAUCCUUCCCCUACGAUCCACUGGAUCUCCCCUGAUGAUCGGCUGCUUGGCAACACCUCCCGCACCGCAGUAUUCAGAAAUGGAACCUUGAGCAUCACCAUCACCACGUCCAAGGACUACGGAACCUUCACGUGCAUUGCUGCUAAUGUGGCCGGGGAGUCCACUGCCUCUGUGGAAGUGUCCAUCGUCCAGCUCCCACACCUUAGCAACGGCACCGGGCAGCCGGCACAGCCAAAGUCCCGCCUCUCUGACAUCACAGGUACCACCAGGAUCAGCAAGGGGGCUCCCAAGAGCCAACCAGAGAAGGCUGUGUCUGUCUCUGAGGUAACAGCUGUGUCAGCGCUUGUCAAGUGGAUGGUUAGCAAGUCAGCACCCAAGGUGAAGAUGUACCAGCUCCAGUACAACUGCUCUGAUGAUGAGGUUCUGAUCUACAGGAUGAUCCCGGCCUCCAGCAAAGCUUUCUUGGUGACAAAUCUGGUGUCGGGGACCCGCUACGAUCUGUGUGUGCUGGCCGCCUGGGACGACACAGCCACUACGCUCACGGCCACCAACGUUGUGGGCUGCACUCAUUUCUUCACGCAGGACGACUACCCUCAGUGCCAGUCCCUGCCCAGCCAGCUACUGGGAGGCACCAUGAUCCUGGUGGUGGGAGGCAUCAUCGUGGCCACGCUGCUCGUGUUCAUCGUCAUCCUCAUGGUGCGCUACAAAGCUACUGAUACAGAAGCUCCAGUGGGGAAGCUGACCAGCGUCAGCGACACACACUCUCAGACUAACGGGGGUCGGCUCGGGCAAAAUGGACUCCUCAUGCCCCAGUCUCAACCUCAACCGCAGCCAGAACCCAAGGUAAAGGCCAAAGUGACAUUGCAGGAUGAGGUGGUGGAGUUCAAAUGUGGCUCCCUCCAAAGCAGCCUCACCUCCUCCUCCUCUUCCUCGGGCUCCAUGGCCGGGGGCUCCUACAGCCCAAACAGCACACUUGCCAACAUUUGGAGGUCAGCUCCUUCCAAGCCCCGGUCCAACCUUGACCACCUCCUCGGGGCUUUCUCCUCGCUGGAGCUGCGGGGGGCGCAGGGCCGAGACGCGGGAGCCUCCAGCAGCGCUUCAACGACGGCAGCCAAGCCUCACACAGAUAGGGAGCCGCUGCUGGGCCGGACACUGGACUCCAGCCUCAGCCGGCUCCUCAUGCUACCUCUGGACAACAAGCCAAAGAGGAGCCAGUCCUUUGACAUGGGAGAUGUAACAACAGGCGCUGGCGCCGCUCAGCUGUGCAACAAACCACGCAGGAUCAGCAGUAUCUGGACUAAGAGGAGCCUGUCUGUAAAUGGCAUGCUGCUGCAAUGCGAGGAGGAGGGGGACACGGGAGGGAGCAAGGGAACAAUAGACAGCACUAGCACUGACUGGGUGAUGGAGAGUACUGUCUAG